CCCCGCCCCUCUCGGCCGGUCACACGGACUUCGUACUCUGCCCCGAGCUCGCCCGGGGGCAGCGGGGUUCCGGCGUCGGCCGAUAGCGGGUCAUGGCGGUCCGGGGGCCCGCGCCCGGGUCUGGCGCCAGCGCUUGAAGAACCAUCGGCUCCGCGAAAGAGGAGCUUCCGAAGGGACGCCUACCCGCCCCUCCGAUCCGAGGCCUCCCUCCAGCUUGGCCCAGGUUAGAUCUACAAUUUGUCCAGCGGUUCCUGCAGAUACAGAAGGUUUUAUUUCCCUCUUGGUCAUCACAGAAUGCCUUGAUGUUCCUGACCCUUUUGUGUGUGGCUCUCCUGGAACAACUGGUGAUUUACCAGGUUGGCUUGAUCCCCAGUCAGUACUACGGGGUCCUGGGAAACAAAGACUUGGAUGGGUUUAAGACCCUGACAUUCCUGGCUGUCAUGCUCAUCGUUCUCAACUCCAUGCUGAAGAGCUUUGACCAGUUCACCUGCAACCUGCUGUAUGUGAGCUGGAGGAAGGACCUCACCGAGCACCUGCACCGCCUCUACUUCCGGGGCCGCGUGUACUACACCCUCAACGUGCUGCGGGAUGACGUCGAUAACCCGGACCAGCGCAUCAGCCAGGACGUGGAGCGGUUCUGCCGGCAACUCAGCAGCAUGGCCAGCCAGCUGAUCAUCUCCCCCUUCACCCUCGUCUACUACACCUACCAGUGCUUCCAAAGCACAGGCUGGCUCGGGCCUGUGAGCAUCUUCGGAUACUUCAUCCUGGGAACCGUGGUGAACAAAAUGUUGAUGGGGCCCAUUGUGGCGAAGCUGGUGCAGCAGGAAAAGCUGGAGGGGGAUUUCAGGUUCAAGCACAUGCAGAUCCGGGUGAAUGCUGAGCCUGCUGCUUUUUUCAGAGCUGGGCACGUGGAGCACAUGAGGACUGACCGCAGGCUGCAGAGACUCCUUCAGACCCAGCGGGAGCUGAUGUCCAAGGAGCUCUGGCUGUACAUCGGUGUCAAUACGUUUGACUAUCUGGGCAGCAUCCUGAGUUACGUUGUGAUCGCAAUCCCCAUUUUCAGUGGCGUCUAUGGAGAUCUGAGCCCCACGGAGCUCAGCACCCUGGUCAGCAAGAAUGCCUUCGUGUGCAUUUACCUCAUCAACUGCUUCACCCGGCUCAUCGACCUCUCCACUACGCUCUCGGAUGUGGCUGGUUACACACACAGGAUCGGGGAGCUUCAGGAUACCCUGCUUGACAUGUCCCUGAAGUCACAGGAUGGUGAGAUGCUGGAUGAGAGCGAGUGGGACUUGCACAGAGCCCCAGGCUGGCCCGCAGCAGAGCCGACAGACACAGCUUUCCUUCUUGAGCGGGUCUCCAUCUCUGCGCCCUCCUCUAACAAACCCUUAAUUGAGGAUCUGAGCCUGAAGAUCUGCGAGGGGCAGAGUGUGCUCAUCACGGGCAAUACCGGCACCGGCAAGACCUCCUUGCUCCGGGUUCUGGGCGGCCUCUGGAGGAGCACACGGGGCUCAAUGCAGAUGCUGACGGACUUUGGACCCCACGGGGUGCUGUUCCUGCCACAAAAACCAUUCUUCACUGAUGGGACCCUUCGGGAGCAGGUGAUAUAUCCCUUGAAGGAGAUCUACCCGGACUCAGGUUCUACUGAUGAUGAGCGGAUCAUGAGGUUCUUGGAGUUGGCAGGCCUGUCUGACUUGGUGGCAAGGACAGAGGGUCUGGACCAUCAGGUUGAUUGGAACUGGUAUGAUGUUCUGUCUCCAGGAGAGAUGCAGAGGCUGUCCUUUGCCCGGCUUUUCUACUUGCAGCCUAAGUAUGCAGUGCUUGAUGAAGCCACCAGUGCCCUGACUGAGGAGGUGGAGAGCGAGCUCUACCGCGUCGGCCAGCAGCUGGGCAUGACGUUUAUCAGCGUGGGACAUCGGCGCAGCCUCGAGAAGUUUCACUCCUUGGAUCUGAAACUCUGUGGAGAAGGAAGAUGGCAACUGACCAGAAUCAAAGUAGAAUGAAGCCAAGGAUAUGGCUGGCCACUGGAAGGAGAGCCAAGCUCGGGGCAGAUCGGCUGUCCCCAGGAGAGACCGGGAGGACUGACAGGGCAGGGAAAGAGCCUCACAGGUCCUGUGCGGAGUGCUGGCAGCAUUGGGCUCACCCAGGGGUGGCUUCCACGGGGCACGCAGUCCAGCCAGGCCUCCUGCUGCCUCAGCCAGAGCUCUGUACACUUGAAGUGCUGGUCCCUUACUUACAAACUACUUCAGAUCGUGUUUUCUAAAGAAAAACCUGAAAGUGUGGGAUCUAUAAAAAAUGAAGUGUCAAAUUGGAAAGAGUAUUGGACUUGGACUCAUGAAACCUAGAAAUCUUUUACAUUGGUUAAAUUUUGCAACAAUAGAUUUUUAACUGAAUCAGCUAUUUAACUUUUAUAACUUUUUUAAAAAGAAAAGAUACAUAUUAAAAUAUUUUUUUGCAGCUUUCCCCCUUUCUCUUCUCUACAUUAUAAGAAGAUAUUUUUAACUGAAUUUUCAGACUCGUAUUUGAGAGCCUGGAGCGAAUGGCGCAGCACUCUACUGUACUGGACUCUUCUGUUCCUGGUUUUUCAUUUUACUCCACAUCACCGCUUUUCCAUUUGCCAGUUGUACCUAACCUCUAGGGCCCUUCUGUUUUUCUUGUCUUAACCCAGAUGCAAAUAAAUCCCUUUCCCCUCAGUCAGCUAAAAUAAGGUUGAGGUUUUUCAAAAAUAAUCUAUGUUAGGGAACAACAACCAGUUGAACACACAGAACCCCAGAAUCACAAAAGCAUGAGAUAGAAAGUUAUUGAGUCCAAAAUCCUUAUUCUAGAACAAUAUCCCCCAAAAUUCAGUUGUCAGCAUAUCAACUUCAUGAUUUUUGCCAGAUCUCUGUAUUUCUUGUACUGUUAAUUGCUUAAUAUUUAAAAAAUUGACUCGCUUUUUAAAUCAAAUGCAUCUUUAGAAGAAUGUUUACAUUUGACAUAAAUAGAAAGUAACUAAAAAUGAAUCCAAUAAAAACCAAACUCUUACGAAAUUGCAGCUAGAUGCUGUGACCCACAGGGCCUGAGCCUGAGGCUCCCUCUCGGUACAAAGGGAGGUUACGGGAUGUUACAGGAGUUAGACAUACUAGCAACCAACUGAGAUUUCACUCCUUCGUAAAAUUAGAUGGAAUAGGAACUGGAAAGGAAAUAACUUUCUCACUAUUAAGACUUGAGUUUAUUUAUGCCUCAUUAUAUCACUGAAAAUGAUCCCAGAUGUGGAUUAGGAGUCCUGCCCUGGGGACGUGCUGCCCUCGGGAAUUGAAGUCUCACCCCAGCUGGCUUGGCUGGCAUGUAGGCCCUGGGCCUGUUCUUACUCAGCUCCGCUCUGUAGGUGUGCUAAAGCAGUGUGUUCAUGGGCUGAGCUAAGAACACCCAUGGAUGCCUGACCAGGUCUGGUGGCGUGACAAUGUACACUAGGGAAUUAAGAAAGCCUCAUGCAUGGCCAGGACAGGAUGCAUACUCAGAAAAGACCUGAGAAGACCCUAAGCUUUUACUUCUGGUUGGUCUCUGGGCUCAGUCCAAGCAGGAAGUAAAGGCAGAGUUAAAAACUGCCUGGCUAAGUGUUGAAGGAGUGCGCCAGCACAGAGCCAGUCAGUAAGGACUGGGAGAGGUGGGGUUUUGUUUGUUUGCUUUUAGCUCCCGGUAUUCAAGAACUCUCUGUCAAAAUACUAGCUCAACAGAGACUGAAAGUGAUCACACAUGAUAAGGAUGACGUUCUUUGCAAAAAUAUUUUGGGGGGGCCAGCCCGGUGGCUCAGGCAAUUGGAGUUCUGUGCUCCUAACUCCGAAGGCUGCCGGUUCGAUUCCCACAUGGACCAGUGGGC